AUGAAGUUUACUCCGUGGGUAAAUCUUGCUCAUUUGAUAGCAAGAGUUGGAUUUUUUGUCACUUCUUUCUCCACUACGCUAUUCUUGAUACUAACGAUUUUCUAUGUGAAAGAGAAAGUUGGAAGCUACAGAUAUCUCCUUCUUUUACUCCCUGUCACCGGUUUCUUUUUUGCUUCAUUCGAGUUUCUUAUCGAUCCAUUCGCCUACAGAUAUUGGGCAGUUUUUCGACCUCGUUACAUCAAAAAAUUCUUUGAUGGUCCCCGCUUCAUUUUCCCAAUCCUCUACAUGUUAUCUGGAGGAUCUUGUUGGUUCCUUGCAUGUUUCGUUUUCAACCAACCUGACAACUACUCGUUGGAAUAUUUGGGACCAGAUGUGUAUGAGAGCUAUGGAGUUAUUCUAUCCGAACAACCAUUAUUAUUAGUAGUGGCUUACGAUAAAGAAGGGCUCAUCAGAUUCUCCAAUUCUUUUGGACUAUUUCUCAUGGCCUCGUUUCUGGUAAUUGCUAAAAUUAUCUUCAAUUAA